AACUUGUGUCUCAUCCUAGUUUGGUGCUCCAGUCCUCACACAUGGUUGAUAGGACGAGAGAAAAUAUCAUAGAAUAUCAUAAUUACGAUCGUGUAAAAAUCACUGCCUUGAUUUUCGAGAAUAUGAUGCCCGAAAUGUGAUGUUCUAGUAGCUUAAUUUAUCCAGUGUACAACAGGAGACAUUUACGAGACUUCUUUUACCUUAUUCGAGACUCUUGAAAUUCCUCAAUACCAGUAACCCCUAUCAAAAAUGGAUUUCAAUUUCACCAAGUCUCCAUUUGGUGUGCCAGACGAUAUAACACGAGCAAAGGAUAUUCGUGAGCUGUUGUCAACCAGCAUGGGCCUGCAAAAGUCACUGCGAGUAAGCAAUGCCUGCAGCAAGAUUAAUCUGAUCUUGCAUCGAUGUCUAACUGCAAUGGGUAUUCAGAGUAGAAUAGUUUAUGGCAUUCUUGACGCUCAGCAUCACGGAGGAAUUAAACUAGCUCACGUCUGGUUGGACGUGCAAGGUCACGUGGUUGACAAUACAUUUGUAGAGGACUUUUCAUCAGAGCAACUUUUUCUUUUGAAAACGAAAGCUAUGUUUGUCGAGAAAAAUCCAGAGGAGGAGAAUGAUCUUUACCUUGGAGAUGAAGUCACAGAAAAUCUUGGCGUCGGUGAUCAUGUCAUAAAAGCCUUUAGAUGGGAUUUGCAAAAUCCAGAGAAAGCACUCGCCAUUAUGCAAAACAAAAUACAACUGAAGUCAUACUUCCAAAAGAUCAAGGCGUAUGUGAGUCUGAAAUUCUCUGUUUCUGUAAAUGAGCCGUCAACACAAACUACAUCUCAAUGUUGGGAAUGUGGAAAGAAAUCGUCUCAUAAUGUAUUAAAAAAAUGUUCACGGUGUAAAGUAGCGGUAUACUGUUCCAAAGAUUGUCAAAAAAGAGACUGGAUGAAUAUACACAAAGAACUGUGUUUAUCUCCCGAUACCUACUGAUGCCUCUAU